UAUUGGUUCAUUCAGCCAAAAUGGCGAGCGGAGGGGUGGCCGUGGCUUCGCUGUGGACCGAAGUGAACCGCUGCGGACAGAAUGGGGACUACACCCGAGCUCUGAAAGCUCUCACUAAGAUUCUCCAUGAGAACAGGGACGAUGUGACGGCUCUUCACUGUAAGACCGUUUGCCUCGUCCAGAACGGGAGCUUCAAGGAGGCACUGAAUGUCAUGAACACCCACUCCAAAGUCCUUGCGAGGUAAAGGACUGUUACACUGCUAAAUAAUGAGGUUGUAUUUGAGAAGGCGUACUGCGAGUAUCGGCUGAACAGAGUGGAAAGUGCACUGAAGACCAUUGAAAGUGCCACUGAGCAGACAGACAAGCUGAAGGAACUUUAUGGUCAAGUGCUGUAUAGACUGGAGCGCUACGAUGAGUGCAAGACGGUUUACACAGAUCUGAUCAGGAACUCCCAGGAUGAGUAUGAGGAGGAGAGGAAGACCAACCUCGCUGCGGUGGUGGCUGCGAUGAGUCAGUGGGAGAAGGCGCCGAUGGAGGAUCUGGGACUUCCUGAGACGACAUAUGAGCUCUGUUACAACACUGCCUGCGCUCUGAUUGGUCAAGGACAGCUGACGGAGGCCUUUAACAAACUACAGCAAGCAGAAGAGCUUUGCAGAGUUUCAUUGGCAGAUGAUUCUGAUGUGACUGAAGAAGACAUCGAGUCGGAGCUGGCAGUCAUCCAUUCUCAGAUGGCGUACAUCAUGCAGCUACAGGGCAGAACAGAUGAGGCUUUGCAGCUCUACAACCAGGUCAUCAAGCUCAAGCCUUCUGAUGUUGGGCUUCUGGCUGUGACGGCCAACAACAUCAUCACAAUCAAUAAGGACCAAAAUGUGUUUGACUCAAAGAAAAAGGUGAAAUUGACAAAUGCAGAAGGGGUCGAAUACAAGCUGGCAAAGAAGCAGCUGCAGACCAUCGAGUUCAACAAAGCCCUACUGGCCAUGUACACUAACCAGGCCGACCAGUGCAGGAAACUCUCAUCAAACCUUCAGUCUCAGAAUCCAAGUCACCCUCGACCAGUCCUAAUCCAGGCCGCUCAGCUGUGCAGAGAGAAGCAGCACAGCAAGGCUGUGGAGCUCCUGCAGCAAUUCUCAGAGCAGAACCCAGAGAGUGCAUCUGGCAUCAAACUGACAAUGGCACAACUGUAUUUAGUUCAAGGUCACGUUACAAAAGCAUGUGACGUCCUCAGAUCCAUUGAAGAAUUCAAGCACAAAGCAGGAAUGGUUUCAGCUCUGGUAACCAUGUAUUCCCAUGAGGAAGAUAUCGACAGCGCCAUCGACGUUUUCAAACAAGCUAUAGAGUAUUAUCAAGCUGAACAGCCUGGAUCUGCUGCACAUUUGGCUCUGGUACGCGAAGCUGCAAACUUCAAACUGAAGCACGGACGGAAAAAAGAAGCCAUCAGUGAUCUGGAGCAGCUGUGGAAACAAAACACUAACGAUGUUCACACACUGGCUCAACUGAUCUCCGCUUAUUCUCUGGUGAACACGGAUAAAGCCAAAUCUCUCAGCAAGCACCUGCCGUCUGCAGACGCCAUGUCUUUCAACGUUGACGUGGACGAGCUGGAGAACUCUCACGGUGCCACUUAUAUCAGGAAAAAAGCUGGUAAAGUGGUCGGAGAAAACAUCCCCAAGGAGUCAGGCCAAGGUGAGAUCAAAAAGAAGAAGAAGAAAAAGAAAGGCAAACUGCCGAAGAACUACGACCCCAAAGCGACGCCGGACCCUGAGAGGUGGCUUCCAAUGAGGGAACGCUCCUAUUACAGAGGCAAGAAGAAGGGAAAGAAGAAGGAGCAAAUAGGAAAAGGCACGCAGGGAGCGACUGCAGGAGCUUCAGCCGAGCUGGAUGCCAGUAAAACAGCCAGCAGCCCGCCAACAUCCCCAAGACCAGGCUCUGCGUCCGGCUCAUCGGCGGCCCCCAGCGGCAGCGGCGUGGUCCCUCCACGACAGCAGAAACCUUCAUCAUCAGGGGCUACACGCAAAAAGGCACCACAGAAGAAGAAGAAGGGAGGCAAAGGAAGCUGGUAGACCAGCUUUGAAGCAGCGGAGAUGACAGGAGGGUUCAUUUCAAUGUUUGUAUUAUUUCCCCUCUUCUGGUCGUGUAUCCAGAUGAACAAAAGCCUACUGUCUGCUGUCCUGCAGCUGUCUCUUAUUUUAAUGAAAUCACAUUCAACAACUGAAGGACGCUCAGUCGGAUUUAUUUCUUUUUAUUUUUAUUUUUUUGGAAACAGUGUUUAUGUUUUCAUUUAUCUCAGAACCAGAGUACGUCAAACACAGCUGAACUAUAUAUUUGCAUUAAAUGUGCAAUAAAUGGUGAAAGGUGUAUUUUUCUAACCCUGUAUGAGAGUUGUUCUGUAUUUUACAGCUUGAGGAAAAUAAAUUAAAAUGGGCUUUAACCAUCAAUCACAUUAAAAUCAAGUUUUUUUACUCAU